GUUUCUCAUUUAACACUCCAUCCCUCAUAGUCAGAGGGAUCGAUCUUCAUGUGUACGUUCGGCCACGUACAAAUAUUUUCGAUCCCUUUGUUUUAUUUUAAUGUGUCUGUGCACCGAAUUGAUAGUGAUUUACUAAUUAUUUUAUUCUUUCAUAUUGAACGAUUAAAAUAAAUAGAGCACAAUGUUGAGUAGCACAGUAGCACAAAAAUUGCAAUUCUUGUACAAGCCGUACGCGUUGGCCAUAGUUUCAGUUGGAUACGUACUUGGAGAGCUAGGUCAUUACUUAAUUGGUGUCACAAGCAAGGCGACAGCUGAGGAUCUCCACUACGGUGAUAUUUCUUGUCAAUUAAAUUCGACCACGUUAGCGAUUGUCGAUCUACCGAUUCAGUGUGAGGUUGCCAAAAAUGAAAGUUUUUGUGUGUCCCUGGAACUGAAUGGGACCAGCUAUUGCGAAUGGAACUAUAACGGCCUUGGUCUCGACUAUCAAAUACUGGCUGGUCCGAGUUUCAUCGCCGUUUUCACGAUUAUAGGUGUCGCUUUAGGUAUCGCGGCCGAUAAAUAUAAUAGAGUGAGAUUAUUAACCGUUUGUACGCUGGUAUUCAGCAUCGCUAUCGUUUUAAUGGGAGCAGUAAAAGAAUAUUGGCAAUUGGUCAUUCUACGUAUGAUUUUAGCAGCAGGGGAGGCAGGAUGCAAUCCCUUGGCCACGGGUUUGCUUUCCGAUUGGUUCCCAGAGGAACAAAGAGGACUCGUUAUGUCAAUAUUCAAUUGGGGCAUUUAUGGUGGUUACGGCAUUGCAUUUCCUGUUGGCCGUUAUAUUCCAGGAUUAAACAUUGGAAAUUUGGGUUGGAGAGCAUGCUACUACGGAGCUGGUAUAAUCGGGUUGAUCGUAGCUGCUCUUACUUUUACUCUUUCUGAACCGGAAAGGAAGACGAUCGGCGAGGAAGGAACAAGUGCCGAUGGGAAAAAAGUACCAAUUUGGAAAGUGAUCUUACAACCGAGGAUAAUACUAUUAUGCUUGGCUGCCAGCAUCAGACAUUGCGGUGGUAUGUGUUUCGCCUACAAUUGCGAUCUCUAUUAUAGAGAUUACUUCCCCGACUACGAUUUGGGCUGGUGGUUGUUCGCAGUUACUAUAGUGAUCGGUAGCAUCGGUGUUGUGGUCGGUGGAGUAAUUAGCGAUAAAUUCGUUGCGAAAAUGGGUAUUAGAUCGCGGGUAGCUGUUCUAGCCAUCAGCCAAAUAAUUGCUACGCCGUUUGCUUUUGGCUCUGUAUAUUUCAAUCCUUUAUGGGCUAUCAUUACUCUUGGAAUUUCCUAUUUUUUCGCUGAAAUGUGGUUUGGAAUCGUAUUUGCAGUGGUUGUAGAAAUAGUUCCUCUUCACUUUAGAUCGACCACUGUUGGUGCUUUCUUAUUCGUUAUGAACAAUAUCGGUGGAAAUUUACCGAUACUCGUCGAACCAACCAGAAUGGCUAUCGGUUUCCGAGAAUCUCUUUAUAUUUAUUACGCUGGUUUCUAUGGUAUUAGUUCCAUCAUGUUCUUUCUGACAAUGUUCUUGAUGGAUGGAGCUGCUAAAGAAGAACCAAAGACGGAAAUUAAUAAUAAAUUUGGAUAUGAUAAUAACAUAUUCAUUAACGAUGAUGGAAGAGUAUCGACUUUAGAACUUCCACGAUUACACCCACCACCAUCACAUCGAUUUGAAAAUUCUAAGUUAUAGAAAAAUAUCAUUUCCAAAAAUCCAAAUUGUAUAUAAAUGA